UCAGGGGCUGGCCGCGGGCGCCCGACAUGGCGCCGGCCGUGCUGGUGCUGAGGGCCCCGACGUGGCCGGCCGCCCGGGCGCUGCUGCGGAGCUGCUGGCGGCGCCUGCUGCCCGGACUACAGCCCGGCCCGCCGUGCGGACCGGUAUUAGCAGUCCAAAAUCCAGCUCUCUGUACAGAACCAGCAAAUGAUACCAAUGGAGAUGAGAUUUCCAGCCUUUUGGAUGGUAUCUUUUGGAUGGCAGCUCCCAAAAAUAGGCGCAGCAUUGAAGUGAACCGGUGCAGAAGGAGAAACCCUGAGAAGCUUAUUAAGAUUAAGAACAAUAUAGACGUUUGUCCUGAAUGUGGCCACCUGAAACAGAAACACGUCCUCUGUGGCUUUUGCUAUGAAAAGGUGCGCAAGGAGACUGCAGAAAUCAGGAAACAGAUCGGAAAGCAGGAGGGGGGUCCUUUCAAGGCGCCCACCUCAGAGACUGUGGUGCUUUACAUGGGAGAGACACCGACUGAACAAGAUAAGGGCAAGAGGAUCAUCGAACGAGAUCAGAAGAGACCAUCCUGGUUCACUCAGAAUUGAUAAUAAAGAUGCUUUACGGAUCUGAGUUCAUGUGAAGGAGAGAAGGCUUUUUGGUUUUGUGCUUGUUUUCGUAUCAUCAAGUAUAGCUUAAAUACUAAGUUUUGUCUGGAUAAUUUAGGGAGUUCUGAACCAAUGGAAAUGUUUGCUAAUAUAAAACCUCAAUGGAUUAAUGUCUACUGCUGUACAGGGUCUUAAGUAAACAAAAUCUACAACAGAAAAAUUAAGCAGCUUCAAAUUCAUGGCAAGAAUUAAAGUGUUUCGCCUCUA